AUCUAAAUAACUUUCGUUCGCUUUUGAAAGUUCUCUUUGCAAGCUAUCUAUAGUUAAAACUUAAGCAUUUUUUUGUGACUCAAAUGUUUUGACUCAUGGCACUUUCUGCCUGAUAGUUAUAAUUUCAGUUUACGCUAUAUUCUGCUCAAGUCAACACAGCUUCCUAAAAAUGGGCUCCGUAAUUCAAAUUUUCUUUAUUUUGUUGUGUUCUUUGGUGGCUGGAAUUAGGGCUCAAGACAUAAUACCAGAAGUUCCAAUAGAUCUUCCGCCGCCCACUACAACAACUACAACAACAGAAGGAACUACAACCACCACCAAAACAGAGGAACCAAAUAUUCCAACCACAGAAUCCAUCCCAACUAUAACAACAGAGUCAACAGAACCUACAACUUCCACAACGGAACCAACCACAACUUCCACAGCAGAGUUCACCACAACUUCAACAACGGAACCCACCACAACUUCCACCACAGAGUUUACUACAACUACAACAACGAAACCCACUACAACUAUCACAACGGAGGUCACUAUAACAACGGAGAUCGCAACAACUUUAACAACAGAAGCCACCACAAGUUCCACAACAGAGUCCACCACAACUUUACCAACGGAGUCCACUACAAUGGAACCCACUACAAUUUCAACGUCAGAAGCCGAAACAACUUCCACAACAGAGUCGACUACAACGGAACCCACUACAACUUCCACAACGGAAAUCACAAAAACUUCUACUACAGAGCUUAGCACAACUUCAACACCGAAACCCAAAACAUCUUCCACCACAGAAAGAGAACCAAGAUAUCCGAUCUACAGACCUCCGUUUGUGGGACUCACGACUUCAAGCCGUAUCAUUUAUGCUAUCACUACAACGAGCCCACGGAUUAGGAGCAAGCCGAUAGAAAAAUGUUAUCUAAGAGAACAACUGGAGUACAGAAAGAUUUGCUAUGCCUGGCGGCCGACUACGAUUUGUUAUCGCUGUUGUUACCAUAACUACACUGAAGUCGCCAAAUGCAGUAGGCUUCACCAGGGGAGGUGUUUAUGGCAUGAUUAUGCUUAAUGGAUACAGAAAUCACAGAAAUUUCAGACUGUAAUAGGGAAAAAAUUCUUCUGUGUCACUGAAUUUAUAUGUGUUUCGGAGAUAAUUUUCUCUGGUUUUAUAUAAUAAUAAAAAUAUUACUAUUUGGUUGGUUUUGAA